CAUCUCUAGUCGACACCGACAAAGAAAACACGCAAGUUGUCAUCAUUCAUUAUUUCAUUCUUAAUUUCAUUUUCCUUCACGCACGCACGCCAGGGAGAAUAUUCAUUGUUUGGUUAAUAAUAUCGUCUCUAUUGGAUUUUCAAACUAGAUUCAAUCGUAGUAGAAUUAAGCUGUAAACAAUGACAGCUGGCGAAGAGAAGGUCUAUUCUCCAGGUCCAAAUGCCUUUGACAUUUCACCUGCUGGGGACGGUGGCGUGCUGAAGGAAAUCAUCAAGCAUGGAGAGGGGGAGUACACGCCUAAUGCUGGCUGUAAGGUCUCGGUGCACUACACAGGCACACUUACUGACGGGACCAAGUUUGACUCCAGCAAGGAUAGAAAUCAGCCGUUUGAGUUCAAUUUGGGCAAAGGACAAGUAAUAAAGGCUUGGGACAUUGGUGUGGCUACGAUGAAGAGAGGUGAAGUCUGUAUGCUGACUUGCAAAUCUGAAUACGCUUACGGGAAAAGUGGGAGCCCACCGAAUAUUCCUCCUGAUGCGACGCUUUACUUUGAGGUUGAAAUGAUCGAUUGGCAAAAAGAAGAUCUGAGUCCUAAGAAAGACGGAGGAAUCCUUAGAAGUAUAUUACAAGCUGGGGAAGGACACGCAUGCCCCAACGAUGGAUCUAUGGUCGAUAUUCACUUAGUGUGCGAGUGUCAAGGAAAAGUUGUAGAAGAACGAGAUGUCGUCUUCAAUCUCGGAGAGGGCAGCGAACACAACGUCCCGUCAGGAGUGGAGAAGGCUUUAGAGAAAUUCAAACUGAAAGAGAAAUCUCAAUUAGAAAUUAAAUCCAAAUACGCUUGGGGCAAAAACGGAAAACCAGAACUGCAAAUCCCACCGAACUCUGAUCUCAUUUACACUGUAACACUAAAUAACUUUGAAAAAUUGAAAGAGUCUUGGGCGUUAGAUUCAGAUGGGAAACUAGAGCAAGGAAAGUUCUUCAAAGAAAAAGGAACGAAUUACUUUAAAGCAAACAAGUUCCAAUUAGCUUUAAAAAUGUACAAAAAGGCGAUAGAAUACUUGGAAUUUGAUUCAGGUUUUGUAGACGAAGGUGAAAAGGAGCGCAAAACGUUGCUGGUAUCCAACCAUCUCAAUUGUGCGCUCUGUCAUAACAAACUGCAGGAAUACACGGAGGCCAAGGAUCAAUGCAACAAGGUGCUGGAAAUGGAACCGACCAAUGAGAAAGCUUUGUUUAGGAGGGGACAGGCCAAUCUAGCACUUGGAGAACCAGAAAUCGCAAAAGUGGACUUUGAGGCGGUUUUGUCGCAAGACCCGGCCAACAAAGCCGCAGCUCAACAUGUUAACAUCUGUAACCAGAAGCUUAAAGAACAACUAGCCAAAGAGAAGCAGAUUUACGCAAAUAUGUUUGACAAGUUUGCGAAGAAGGAUCGUGAAGAAAAAGACUGCAGAUUUGGGUGGUGGACUGGUAAAUCAGUUGAGGUUGAAAAAAUGGAAGAGCCUCCUAAGGAGGAAGAAGAAGAAGACGAAAGAGCAUUGAGAAUAAAAGAGAAGAAGGCUUUCAUAGAACAGGUGAAGGAAAGAAAACUGAAAUUGGAAGAACAAUUGAAAAGCAAAAAUUUAAUAAGCGAAGAAGACAAUAAUGAGAUAAAUGAUCAAGACCAUUCAAGUGAGAAUAAUGUUGAGAAAGAAAGUGAUAAGGUUGAAAACAAAGCCGAGAUAGAUAGUGAAAAAGUUAAAUCAGAUACUAAGAACGAAAACAUUGAGAACAAUGUUGCAAAGGAAAGUGGAAAGAUUGAAAAUAAAACUGAUGAGGAAACCAAUGAAGAUAAAGAAAGAGGAGGAGGAAAGAAAAAAACAGCCUGAUGUGAUGAAGACGCUCGGAGAGUGGGGUAAAGAUGAGCGAGAACGAGAACCCACCGAGUUCGAGAAGGAAAAUCCAAACAUUCUCAUGUUAGAUGGCACCGGGGACUUCAAGAACAUGUAAACAUUGUUGCACGUUUUUAAUAAAUAAAAUCACAAUCA